AUGAUGACCAGGUGGGCACUGGUGGCAUUCACGGUCCUGAUGUUGGAUAGGAUCCUAUUUGUCCCAGGAACCCCUAUCCCUACCUUCCGACUCCUCCCUCAGAACUAUCUGGAGACAACUCCCAGCUCUGUGGUCUCAGAGGGCCCCUCAGGUACCACCACAGGACCCCCAGCUUCCUGGAGCAACUCUAAAGCCAGCCCUUACCUGGACACUCGUAUCAGACUCUCGCUGGACGUCCCUGUUGGCCUCCUGCGGAUCUUACUGGAACAGGCUCGUUACGAGGCUGCCAGGAAUCAGGCUGCCACUAAUGCCCAAAUACUAGCCCAUGUUGGCCGCCGCUGAGACUGAAGGAGGGGGUCAUAAAGACGGGGUGACCCUGGAUGAGACGUUCUGGAGGACAGCCAUGAAGCUGGCCAUCUGGGACAAGCACAUACCCAGAAAUCACCGUCGUGGACCACUGACAUAGCUCCCAAGUAUCUACGGUGUGUAUAGACAGCUUGGCCAUCUAGUGUCUUGCCAUGUUUCUGAGCCCCUCACACUGUGUUUGGGCGUCUUGGACGCUAGCAUGUAUGUUCAAUAUGUGGAAUCUUGUCAUGCCUAGCUGUGUCUGGCAGCCACAGAGCAUCUAGAUGCCACCAUGUGAGUUCCAUCCUUAAAUGGGAAGGAGAGUCACCACAGGACCCCGGUGCCGCACCUGAGAUCCAUCUAAGGCCCACAGG